UUUCGUCAGCAAUGGCACGCUUGCCUUCUCAUCGUCUCGCGGCUCUCCUCCUCCUCCUCCUCGUCGUGGUCUCGCCGUGUCACGCGGCGGCGGCGGCGGCGGCGGACGGUGGGCAGAGGCCGACUAGGCCGAAAGCCGUGGCGAUGCCGGUGGUCAGGGACGGCGCGACGAGGCAGUACGUGGCGACGUUCCAGCAGCGAACGCCGCGGGUGGCGGUGAAGGCCGUGGUGGACCUCUCGGGCGGCGCCACGCUCUGGGUGGACUGCGACGCCGCCGCCGGGUACGCGUCGUCCUCGUACGCCGGCGUGCCAUGCGGGUCCAAGCCCUGCCGCCUCGUGGAGAGCCCCUCCUGCAGCUACAUCGCCAGCUGCCUGGGCUCGCCGCCGUCUCCGGCGUGCCUCAACCGCACCUGCACCGGGCACGCCGAGAACACGGUCACGAGCUCCGUCGGCAGAGGCAACGUCGUCACCGACGUGCUGUCGCUGCCCACCACCUUCCCCUCGGCCCCGGUCCGGCAAGGGCCGCUCGCCACCGCGCCGGCGUUCCUGUUCACCUGCGGGCCCACGUCCCUGACCCAAGGCCUCGCCGCCGGCGCCGCUGGCAUGGCGUCCCUCAGCCGCGCCCGCCUCGCGCUCCCCGCGCAGCUGGCUGGCACCUUCCGCUUCUCCCGCAAGUUCGCGCUCUGCCUCCCUUCGGUCGACGCCGGCGUCGUCGUCUUCGGCGACGCGCGCUACGUGUUCGACGGCAUGGACCACUCCAACUCGCUGCUCUACACGCCGCUCAUCACCAGGACGACGGACAGGUCGAGCGAAUACUUCAUCAGCCUGAAGCGCGUCGUGGUGGACGACCGCGCCGUGCCGCUGAACGCGACGCUGCUCGACGUCGGCACCAAGCUGAGCACGGUCUCGCCCUACACCGUGCUGGAGACCUCCAUCCACGAGGCGGUCACGCGCGCGUUCGCGGCGUCGAUGGCCACGGCGGGGAUCCCGCGCGUCCCGGCCGUGGCGCCGUUCGAGCUGUGCUACGACGGGAGCAAGGUGGAGAGCAGCGCCAUCACAGGGGAGCCGGCCGUGCCGGUGGUGUUCGAGCUGCACGUGCAGAGCGAGGUGAGGUCGAAGGUGGCGCCGUGGAUGGUGUCGGGGGCGAACCUGAUGGCGCGCGCCGACGGCGGGGCGCUCUGCCUCGCCGUGGUGGACGGCGGAGCGGCGCCGGAGGCGCCGGUGGUGAUCGGCGGCCACAUGAUGGAGGAGAUCCUGCUGGUGUUCGACCUGGAGAAGUCGCGGUUGGGCUUCAGCCCAAACCUUGGGGCCUUCGGCUUGUCCUGCAGCAAGUUUCGCCUCGGGUAGCACGUAUUGGCAUCGUAGGCUCGUAGCUAAUCUUUCUCGGGCCUCAAACUCCCAAAAUCUAUACCUGCAUUUUGCCGUCGCAUGUUGGAAUAAAUUGCUCCCUCCUGCCGUCCUGCGUAUCUACAACCCGGUUAUACCCCACGAUGGAGGUGUACACUA